AUGGAGAAGACGACCUCCCACAACGAUGUUGAGAUUGCGGUAAUCGAGAAGCCCCUCGGGGUUGAUCGCCAAUCCAGUCAAGAUCGCAGUACCAUGCCGGGUGUUGACAGUACGGACGCGAACCUUGCUCGUGUCGACGACGCAAUUGAGGCCAUUGGUUGGGGCAGGUACCAGUGGCAGUUGGCUAUAACGUGCGGGUUUGGAUUCCUUGUGGACCAGAUGUUGCUGGUGACCAUCUCUUUAGUCACACCUCAGGCAUCUAUGGAGUUCAGUCCUAAGUAUGCAACUCUCCUACCGGUGUCGCAGUACUCCGGCCUCCUUGUCGGUGCUGUUAUACUAGGAGCCCUCGCAGACAACUUUGGGAGGCGUGCCAUCUGGCAGCUGUCUAUCUUCGGUGUGUCCAUCGUCACACUGCUUGCAGCCAGCUCGUCCAACUGGGCUGCACUCAAUUGGUGGGUUGCGUCGUCCUCCUUUUUUGCUGGUGGCAAUCUGGCCAUUGAUCUCGCUAUCCUGGUGGAGAGCAUCCCACGGAAAUGGUCGUUCAUGGUAUCUGGUCUGGCAUGCAUCUGGGGCCUGGGCAACACAUUGACUGGCCUCAUUGGGGAGAUCCAACAGGCAGUCGAUGUCCUCAACCAUAUCAGCGCCGCGAACCGCUCGGCUUAUGGCGUGACGGUAAACGAUUUCAUCCCGUCAAUGCGCAGCAAGCGCCACACUAGAACCCUCAAACAAAAUAUCACGCGACUCGGCUUGCUCUUUCAUGGUUCCAAGAGACUCCGGCUGAUGAUUGGCCUGGGCGUCAUGUGGACCCUAAUCGGGAUUGCAUAUCCGCUCUUCAUUGUUUUUCUGCCAUAUUACCUCGCAGCAAAUGGAGCGGCCUUUGGCAACACAAGCAACUACAUCACAUAUCGCGACUUCACCGUGUCCUCCGUCGUCGGGAUCUUCGGACCCGUAGUAAGUAUGUAUAUGGUCUCCACGCGGUUGCGCUCCAGGAUAUCCAUGGCUAUUACGGCUGCUGCUUGCGUUGCCUUCUCGGGUGCCUUCACCACCGUCAAGAGUGAGGCACAGAAUCUUGCCUUCUCUUCUAUGACUGGCUUCUGGCUGAAUGCUGUUUAUGCCAUUCUCUACGGCUACACUCCGCAAGCACUCGAGGUCGAGCACCGUGGCCUCGGUGCCGGUCUCCUCAUGGCCAUGGGCCGUUUGUCUUCCUUGACUGCGCCAUUUAUCGCCACUUUCGCCGACGUUAAAACAUCUGCCCCAAUCUGGGUGGCGUGCGGGUGCUAUGCUGUCAUUGGGCUGUCCGCCCUCAUCUUGCCAGUAGAUACUGUCAUGUUCAGCCGCAAGAGUGGAUAG